AUGUCGUCUAACGAAGAAAUAGGCAGUUCUCAUGAUGAUGCCGGCUAUCGAGGAAUCAUUAAACAACCUUACAUAUUCUUCUUAGCAUUUUUCUCCAGCAUUGGUGGAAUGCUUUUCGGAUAUGACCAGGGAGUAAUUAGUGGUGUGCUAGUGAUGAACAAUUUUGGAAAACAAUUUCCUGUCCUUGCCGCCAACGCCACUCUUCAAGGAUGGAUGGUCUCUAUUUUGACCCUUGGAGCCAUGAUAGGUGCACUGGCAAACGGACCUAUUGCGGAUCGCUUGUCCCGAAGAUGGUCCAUUCUUUUAGCCAACAGUAUCUUUCUGGUCGGAUCCAUUAUACAAGCUGCGUCUGUCAAUACCGCAAUGCUGUUUAUCGGUCGUUUCAUCGCGGGUUUAGCUAUCGGUCAGCUCUCAAUGGCUAGUAUCACUUUGGGAAUCAUGGUUGCAUUUUGGCUUGAUUAUGGCACGACAAAUAUUGGGGGAACUGGAGAUGGACAAAGUCCAAUUGCCUGGAGAUUACCUCUCGCUUUGCAGUGUGUGCCGUCAUUGAUUCUAGCCAGCGGGACAUUCUUUCUGCCAUACAGCCCCCGGUGGCUUCUUAUGAAAGAUCGCGAAGAAGAGGCACGCGCGACCCUGGUUCGCAUCCGCCAAGUGUCUGAGAAUAGUCCUUGUAUUGAAUCAGAGCUACUCGAGAUCAAGGCCGCUGCCAUAUUCGACAAUGAAACGUCUGAUUUGCUUUAUCCAAAUGCAAAUACUAAUAUCCAGCUCACCAUUGAGAGAUAUAAAGCUCUUUUCACUGUUGGACAUCUACGCCGCCGUUUAGUUAUUGCCUGCACGAUGCAAGUUAUUCAACAGUUCACGGGGAUCAAUGCGAUUAUCUACUACGCGCCGCAGAUCUUUCGGAACAUUGGUCUCUCGGGAAAUUCCGUUGAUCUUCUCGCUACGGGGGUAAUUGGUGUCGUCAAUUUUUUGUCUACCAUACCGGCAAUCAUGUACAUGGACCGGUGGGGCCGCAGAAAGGUACUCAUUAUCGGCGGCAUUGGGAUGGGAAUUUCUCAGCUCAUCGUCGGCACUAUAUACGCCGUCUAUAAGGACUCUUGGGCAAGUCAUAAGUCGGCUGGAUGGGCAGCCGCGAGUUUCGUUUGGAUUUAUAUUGCCAACUUUGCGUUCAGCAUUGGGUGUACUAAUUGGAUUAUACCUUCGGAGAUCUUUAGCCCUGGGGUUCGGGCACAGGGUGUCGGAAUUGCGAUUGGAGUCAACUGGCUCAGCAAUUUCGUUGUCGCCCUUAUUAUCUCCCAAAAUGCUUCAAAGUAUUCUACAUUCGGAACGUUUUAUUUCUUCCUCGCAUUCUGUAUUGGUCUAAUAUUUUGGACCUUUUUCAUGCUUCCGGAGACGAAAGGUGUUGGAAUUGAAGAGAUGGAUAAAUUGUUCGGAGGUAACCAAGGUGAAGCCGAUAUCAAUCGAAUGCGGGACAUCAGGGAAGGCUGGGACUUGACUCUGGAGACAUGGAAAUUUCGAAAGAUCUUUAUCCUGAGGUGUCCCAAAUCGAAAAGGUGUAGAUGGGUUCAUUCUAAAUAG